AUGGGCAUAGCCUGCUCGCAUCCACCGCCACCUCUGGUCGAAAUCGCUGGCUCGCGCAACAAGAUUCUCAUUCCCGCCGGGACCUCCUUCUCAGUCCACCCACCGCCUGAGCUUACUCGCCGCGGGCGUCGUAGCAGCCGCCGAGUACCAAUCUACCAUCGCGUCUCAUCACCCUAUUCCUCAUCUGCCAACGAUUAUCGGCCAAUAGGCAGACCACGCGAGCGUGGAAGAAGACCACCAACGUUGUCAGAAGACACAGAAAGCCAGAUGAACUUCAUGGAUAUGAGUCCGCCGGGAGGAGCAAGGACGCGGGGUGCGCCUGGUCCUGGGAGGGGGUAUGGAGGCGGAGGAAUGCCGAUGGGAGGGAGGAGGCCGAGACCUGGCUCUGGACCAGGACCUGGACCUGGAAUGGCAGGGGCGUAUUUCGAUCCAGGAGAUGUGAGGGCUCGUUCGGCGCCGGAUUUGCAUGGGGGUUAUCCGUAUGCGGGGAUGCGAACUCCGCGGCCACGUGUUAGAGGGAUGGAAUCGACGCUGGCAAGGGGUAUGAGUCCUGGUGGCCCGGGUUAUGUAGCAGGUCCAGGAUAUGGGGCCGGCGCGGGAGGUUUAGGUGGUGGCAAUCCGUACGCGUAUCCUCAGGGACGACUAGGGACGCCAUUCCAAGGUCGGUCACAAACGCCGAUGCAGAUACAACCGCAACGUCGUCCAUCCCUGCGUCCUCCGGGGCUCAAUGAGGUUCCCAUGGGGGCCUACGCGGCUGGCCAUCCGGCUCCUCCUGUCCGCGCGAACACUGAUCCUCCGACUUCGAAACGGCUCAACCGGACGCAACCUACGAACAAAAAGGUCGGACCAUCUGGUCAGGAAUGGAUAGAAGGGGAUCCAUUCCUAGAUGCUUGGGCAACGAGUACUGUAUCGGGCGCAAGCUCAGGAUGGCGAUGGACAUAA